UUCAAAGUGAGGCUGAAUCAGUAAUAUCAACAAUCACCAGUUUUCACGACCCAUUAUAUUUUAUUUUCUGAUAGGAUUGAUAAUGAUACAAACGUAGCGGCAUGAAUGUUUGACUUAGAAAGGGAACCAUUCUUGUGUUUUAGAAUUUAGCUUAGCAUUGUUCACAGUUCAUACUCUAAAAUGUAAAGAAAACCUUAAUUUCUUGUUUUCUAUUAAAAAAAAUAUUUGGUAAAAUCACAGUCGAAUAUGGCUUCAAGUUCUGUAAGUCAAGAAAGUCUGGAUAUUAAUGAUGACUAUGAACUGAACGCAAGAAGAACACGUAUUAGGACCCUAAGAGCACGUGGAGCCCUCCAUCGUGUUGGGGAUCGUGACUCUGAAACAUCUGGUGAUGUGUGUGACAUGAAUGGGGAUGAAGAACCAACAGGAACUACUGCACAAAGUGGCAUUCUAGCUGGAGAUGGAAUUCAUGACUCUCCAACAAGGACAGCUAUGCAACGUGCAAAGGACAAAAGGUCAAGGCCAAACCAUCUUCAGAAGGGAAAACUGAUGAAAGAUAAAAGAAAGCUAAGAGAAAAGCGCCGAAGCACUGGGGUUGUUCACCUGGCAUCUACAGAGAGUACUGGAGAUUCUCUAGAUGAUGAUGAUAAUGAGGAGGAAAAGUUGACGGAGGCAAAACGUAAUACCUCGUAUAAUGAGGUGAUUGAUGCAGACAAUCCACAAACACCUUCAGAGGUUAUGCGUAGAAUACAACAGUUUCAGUCCAUGAACAUAUCUGCUGGUAGUUCUAGUCAUGAUACAAAAUCUACAGCUAAACUUAUGGGACCAAGAGGUUUUGUCUCAAGAAGAAACAAAAGUCCAUCAGACCUUGAAGCAGACUUGGAGGACAACCAGGACUAUGAUAGUGCUGUUAGCCAAUCCGAAUCCAACUUUGUUCUAACUGACCAAUCAGGGAUAAGGAGUAGAGGUCAUGACACGAGAAAACCUUCAUGGACUAGCCAAUCAAAAUUUAGCUCAGAAUCAGUGCAGUCUUUCAAACCAAAUGUGUCUCAGAGAGAUCAGGCCUCACAUACAUUCCAAAAUAAUGUUCAGUCUCAAAGCCGUUUUGAUUACGAGAGACAGCCUGUGUCCUAUUCUAGUCAUGAGUCUAGGUCGCCACGAUCCCCUAAAUCACCAAGGUCCCCGAAAUCGCCAAGGUCUGUUAAUCAAAAUGCUAACUUGACCCGUGACUCUGUGCGGCCAGUUUCCAGUGGUUUAGCUCGAUAUCAAGGCCAGGACAAACACGAAGAGCCUUCAUACAGAUCAAGAUUUAGGGAUCGUGAGUUUGGUGGCGUACGAGGGCCAGUGGGACAACAGUUUGCGGCGUCAUUGAUGAACAAAGAAAACAGAGAUGAUGAUAUCACCAGGAAAAAACUAGAAAAGGAUUUGGAGCGAGAACGUGAUGAGAAUCACAGGUUACAGAAAGUCUUGGAAGAGAAAGAUCGUAGGAUUGCGGAACUUGAACGUCAAGUUGCCAUGUUAAGUAGGGAUUUGGAGGACUGUAAUGAAGACAUGGACAAACUACAGAUAGAAAACAGGGCUCUUAUUCAAGCUGUCGGUCAACUAAGUACCUCUGGUACGCAUGUUUAAUACAGUUAGAUAAACUUCGCUAGCUUUAACAUAUAUUCCUACAAAACUAUAUGUGCUUACAUAGCCUGUAAGAUUCUACAAAACUACACAGUAGUGGAGACAAGACACACAGCUAAGAUUCUGCAAAGAUACGUGUUUGGAGCAGACAUGCAUCCUGAAAUUUCAAAGACUAAACAGGUGGACUAGAUGCAGGUCUUCUUAGCGUCUACAAGAGUAUACAUGCAUUUCAGUUCAUUGUGAGUGAGAUUCACGCAUGUAAUUACUGUAGCCAUGCUUUCUUGUAUAUUUCAAGCAACAGAUCUGAACCCUCUUGCAUGUUAUAUUGACUUUCUUCGAAAAAGAAAAAAUAACUUGCCUGAUUUGACUGUUCAUUUAAGGUUAUUUGACUGUGUCCUUUCUUUUGGCAUGACUAGGUCUUAGCAUGUGGUUAUAAAGCAUAGUUUAGAGACCAGUCUCUAUACAGAAGAAGCUGAUUGGUUAAUUCUGAGCUCUAUCUCAGAAUCGACGAAUGACAAGGCUGCCUUUAUAGACUGGUCUCCAACUUAGUUUUAUAACAAUCAUAUUUGGACCAAAAGAGAGAAUUGCCAGUCUGUAAAAAUAUUUUCUUAUAUUAAUGUUUAAGAAGGAACUUACCUAAUUCAGAUGAACAGUUCUGUUAAAUUCAAAGACAGAUAACAAAUUUCCUUCACCAAAAAUAAAUAAAUUUACCUGCAGAAGGCAUUAGGUAUGUUUAAAUGUUACAUUUUCAUUCCAUAAUGUGCAUUAUAUAAAGUUCUGUGUGAGCUGUGUUAACAUUUGUAGUGUCAUCUUGUCUGAUCUUGUCAAGAAUUACUUCCGUAUUUCCUAGUUGAACGUCUCAAUUAACAGAAUUUAGUCUUAAAGUUUUAUGCUUUGAAUACAAAAAUAUCAGAGGAAUAUUGAAUUAGAAUUACCGGUAAUCAGAAUUUCCCAACUUUCUAACAUAAUAAGAUAUUUUAUUGUUUAGAACCUUGUUACCAAGUUCAUAAUGAGACAGUCAAAUUUCAAGUAACAAGUUUCUUGAUAAAAUAGUCCUUUUUGUAUAUUUUGGAAUCAAGGAUUUAUUCUUGUUUUUCGUACAUACAGCUGUCAUUUUGCAUUGGUUUAUGGGACAUUUAUUGUAGAUUUUACAUUAUCCCCAUUACUUGUUUGGCCUAAAGCAGUACAAUUUCCAUAUUAAUUUUAAGGGCAUUUUUUUUUUUUUCAAAAUCUUGGUAUAAUUGCGAUUUUUGCUAAACAUUGAUUUACCUAAAUGGUAAAUAGAUAUUACGUGAGUUUAUGAGUUUUGCUGGUUUCAUUUAUACCGAGUUGUAAAAGGUACCUAAAAGUUACAGUCAGACCUCUAUAAUUAUGAAGACCAUGUCUGGAAGAGGCAAAACAUGGUCUUUAUUUUUAGAUAGGUCAUAUUUAUAGGUAAAAAUGUUUAACUUGAAGACUUUAAAGGCAUGGGUGUUACUGUAACUUAAGAAAGAUGCUCAAAAUUGUUAAAGGGGGGAAUAAUUUCAAGAAAAAUACCUUCAGAAAUUGAUUUCGAUACUUUUGUUGAUGAAGCAUGAAGGUCAUUUGCAUGAAUUAUGAACUUUUCUGCGAAAUUGACAUAAAUAAUUUUUGUAUAUUUUACUAUUUAGCAGCUUGUUUUUAAAUUUUCUGAACUGAUCAAAACUCUUCGUGAUAUGUUUUACAAGUAUUAUGUGUUUACAAUAAUAGCUCGAUAUUGAAUUUGUUAGUUUUUAAGAGUUUGUGUUACACAUAUAUUAUUGUUAUUCUGAUAUUUGAUUAUUUAUUGACGCAAAUAUUUAGUACACAGUUAUUUAUAAAUGUGUUCAGUUUAGGAUGCCAUAUGUAUUCAAGGUGCAUGUUUCGUGUUGUUUGAUAUUUUGUUGUGCAAAUUAUUCAUUGGAUGUAGUUAUUUUAAUCUGUUUGAGUUAGGCAUUUGAAAUUGUAGAAAAAAAGUAGAGUAGUUUCACAUGAUAUAGUUUUUGCUUCAAAGAGCAAAGGAACGUUAAUAAUGGUGUGGCUAGAUUUAUGUUAAAGUUGCAUUAUGCUAACCUUAGUUUAAAAUAUUUUAUCGAUUAAAUGUUGGCUAAAUGAAUGGAAAGAGUUGCAGUCAAAAUUAAAUGUCAUAUCUAGUAACGUAUUUGUUUAAAAAGACUUCCAGCUUUUUUAGAGGCAUUACAUAUUCAUACUGUAUUUACAGCGUAUAGUAGUUUAAACCUAACACAUGUUUAUAUACACACAGACAAGCUUAUUUAAUGUUCACAUAGAUACUAUGUAGAAAUUGUUCAUAUUUUCAGAUAUGAAAUUUGAGCAUAAUAUAUCUUUAAUAUUUCAAGAGAAAUUGCCAUUGUGAAUACAAAAAAGAAAACAUAAAAAUUCAGUAAGUUCUUGGCAGUGUUCAUAACUAGACAUAAUUGUGUAGCCCAUAAGAUAUUUAGGAAAGGUAAUUUACCUUGUUAGUAACGCAGUAAGAAAAUGGUAUGAAGUAAAAGAACUUAGGACACCCUGUAAAUAAUACAAGCCGAGCAGAUAAUUGUAUGAGCCAUGUCAUGAGAAAACCAACAUAGUGGCUUUGUGACCAGCAUGGAUCCAGACCAGCCUGCUCAUCCAUGCAGUCUGGUCAGGAUCCAUGCUGUUUGCUUUCAAAGCCUAUUGCAAUUAGAGAAACUGGUAGCGAACAGCAUGGAUCCUGACCAGACUGCUUGGAUGCGCAGGCUGGUCUGGAUCCAUACUGUUUGCAAAGCCACUAUGUUGGUUUUCUCAUGGUGCAGCCCGUAUGUAGCGUGGAAGUGUUUAAGAUACUUAUUUGAGCAAAGUUGUCCAACAUAGAUUGUAUUAUUUGUUUUCUUAUAGUUUAGUAGUAUAUAUAUAGAUGUAAUAUUUCAAAGGCUUAUACUAUCCUCAAAUUAUUUUGCUGAUGAUUCAGCUAAAUACUAAAAAAAAAAAGCUGUGCUUCGCAUUUUUUACAAUGUGUUCAGAUUUGUGUAGAUUGGUUUUAGUUUUUAAAGCAGACAUUCUUUGAGCUUUAUUUCACUGUAAAUUUUAAUCUGCACAAUUAAGGGUAAAUUUUCAGCCAAAGGUUUAUGGGACACCACUCCAGAUUCAUGUUAGAUAUUUCGAAAUUUAGAACAAUUGAUGUAAGACUUUAUAUUUAUUAAACAGGGAGAUAAAAUUAUUGAAAUAACAGCUGUUGUUUCAUCUAACUAUGAAAAAUUUAUUUUGUAUAAUUUUUAGCUCACCUGAGCACAAAGUGCUCAGGGUGAGGUAUUGUGAUCGCUCACCGUCCGGCGUCCGUCCAUCCGUCCGUCUGUUGUACGUCCGUCCACACUUUCCUUUAAACAACAUCUCCCCCUUUUGAUGAAACUUCACAAAGAUGUUCCUUGGAUGGUCUUCUUUAAAAAUUGUUCAAAGAAUUGAAUUCCAUGCAGAACUCUGGUUGCCAUGGCAACCGAAAGGAAAAACUUUAAAAAUCUUCUUCUCAAAAACCAGAAGCCCUAGAGCUUAGAUAUUUGGUGUGAAGCAUUGCCUAGUGGACCUCUACCAUAUUUGUUCAAAUCAUGACCCCGGGGUCAAAAUUGACCCCGCCCCAGGGGUCACUUGAUUUUACAUAGGAAAAUCUUAAAAAAUCUUCUUCUCAGAAACCAGAAGCCCUAGAGCUUAGUUAUUUGACAUGUAGCAUUGCUUACUGGACCUCUACUAAAGUUGUUCAAAUCAUGACCCCAGGAUAAAAAUUGACCCCGCCCCAGGGGUCACUGGGGCGGGGUCACUUGAUUUUACAUAGAUUUCUAUAGGAAAAUCUUUAAAAAAAUUAAAAAAUAAACCAGAAGGCCUAGAGCUUAGAUAUUUGAGAUGUAGCAUUGCCUAGUGGACCUCUACAACAUUUGUUCAAAUCAUGACCCUGCCUCAGGGGUCACUUGAUUUUAUACAGGAAAAUCUUCAAAACUUUUCUAAAAAUAAACCAGUAGACCUAGAUCUUAGAUAUUUGACAUGUAGCAUUGCCUAAUAGACUUCUACAAAAAAAUUUCAAAUCAUGACCCCCGGGGUCAAACUGACCCCGUCCCAUGGGGUUACUUGAUUGUACAUAGAAAAAUCUAAAUUUUCUAAAAAUAAACCAGAAUGCCUAGAGCUUAGAUAUUUGACAUGUAGCAUUGCCUAGUGGCCCCAGGGGUUACUUGAUUGUACAUAGGGAAAUCUUCAUGAAUUUGCUAAAAAUAAACCAGAAGGCCUAGAUCUUAAAGCUUUAGCUAAGAAAUUUGUUCAAGCAAGCAACUCUACUCAGGUGAGCGAUAUAGGGCCAUCAUGGCCCUCUUGUUUAUUUAUGGUAAGUUCCCUAGAUUUCUAGAUUGACAUAUAUUAGUUGAUGAUAAAAUAAACAAUUUAUUUAAGAUUUCAUUAAAACAAAGCUUAUAGACAAAUACUGGUAAAACAUUUGAGCCAUGCCAUGAGGAAACCAACAUAGUAGCUUUGCGACCAGCAUGGAUCCAGACCAGCCUGCGCAUCCACGCAGUCUGGUCAGGAUCCGUGCUGUUAGCUAACAGUUUCUCUAAUUGCAACAGGCUUUGAAAGUGAACAGCAUGGAUCCUGACCAGACUGCGCAGAUGCGCAGGUUGGUCUUGAUCCAUGCUGGUCACAAACCCAAUAUGUUGGUUUUCUCAUGGCACGGCUCAUUUUACAAAUUACACUUUCCUAAGAUGCCUUUGCUCUUUUUUCGUAUCAAAGGCUUAGAGAUUUUCAUGUAAACUUUGCACAAAUACUUACGAACACCUUAUUUAGAUGAACUAUGGAAAACAGUUUGUUCAAGGUCUCAUUUUUAAGAAAUGACUUGAGUUCAAUUGUAACGGUCUUGCAUACUUGCCUGUGUAAGGCAAGAUUUUCUCAACUGAAGGAAUGGCAAGGAAUGUAACACAAAGCAUUACCUGUACUGUCAAAAUUGUUGGAGGUAAAAAACGUCCAUCUAAGCAGACCUGUUAGGUCAAUUAUUUUGUCUACCUUCAGCAUCUUCAAAGAUGUAUUAAAUGGAAAGUCUGCAUAUAGUUAACUAUUUCGUAGUAUGACAUCACAGUGCGCUCAUAUAGCCUGUGAUUGGCUAUCCAGACAACCUUGUCUUUCCCCCCUAGGUUUGUAAGAAGUUCCAAUUAUAUCCAUUGGUUUUUAUGUACGACAUUUCAAAUGUGACGCCUAUUCAGCAUCUCAUACACUGCUUAGCAUGUUUGUCAUAAUCAUUCUAAUGUCAUGACAUUGUGUGGGUAAAAUUUUGUAACAUCCAUUGAAAAGACAUGAAAGAAAAUUUGUUUUACAUGUAGCGUCAAGCUAUUUUUCACUCAUUAACACUGAAUUUUACAUCUGUUGUGGCUGUCCCACAUGUGAAAAUAAUAAAAUAAUGCAUAAUUGAUAGAAGAUACUUCCAUCUUAUAUGGAAACAAAACAAAUAUCAUCUAUAAUGUUGCCUUUUGGGUUGCCAGUGCUCACUGCAAUACUGCAUAAUAGAAAGCUUUAACAAUCAGAGUAAUUGUAGAGUGCCAUUUGAUUGGUAGUGUUAUCAUAUUGUCAAAUAUUUUGUUACGAUUUACUGUGAUAUAAUUUAAUUUCAUGGGCACAAACAUUCAUGGUUUUGGCCUAAAUGGCUAUUUUGCAGGAAAUUAAUUCAUGGAUUGCAUUUAAUUUCAUGGGCACAAACAUUCAUCGUUCUGGCCAAAAAUGGCUAUUUUGUGAGAAUUUGAUUCAUGGGUUUCACCUUUUAACGAAAAUGGGUGCGACUUCUCAAACAUAGAAGCCAUGAAUAUUAGUCCCUUUAACCCUUAGCAUGCUAGAUAAAUUGUCGUCUGCUGGAAAUGUCGUCUGCUAAAAUUGUAAAGUUCAUUCAAUUUGCUCCAAAAUAGGAAGAAAUAUUGUCAGAGUAGCAGACAGCUUGGAACCUGAUCAGACGCCGAUUUAAUCGGCGUCUGAUCUCGUUCCAAGCUGUUUGCAAAGGCUGUUAAAUUCGCCUGCAGCAGGCUAAGGGUUAAUAUGAAUAUUAAUGAUUUUACAGCUGAAAAUCGCAAAUAUUUUCAGUCUUUUGUACAGACUGCGUAUCAACUGGAUUAGGUUUUGAAAUAUUUUUUUAUUCUUAACUAUGUUAUUUUGUAUAUUUAUUUUGCAAAUUUGUCUUUUUUUUUUUGUAUUUUUGUUGCUUUUGCUAUGCAGUCCUUUGUUUGACUCUAAACUUGCUUUUUUAGAAUAUUAUGUUACUCCAGGAUGUUGUGAUUUGCUUAUAUUUUAUUUUAUACUGUUGAAGUAGUUGUAUUUACCGAGACGGGGUUUAAUGUUUAGUGUGCGCUCUAGGGUAAAGCAAAGCAGCGUAACCAUUUUCACCAUAUCAUUUCAGAUAAUAAGUUUCUUCAAGGCACUUCAGUGCGUAUUAGGUAUAUAUUUGGAUAGUAAAGACCAUCAUAUUGUACCGUCCAUUCUUUAUCACAUUUUUACCGUCUGUUCUUGCUUAUAAGACACACUCUCUUAUAAGGCGCUACGUUGUUAUAACUAUCACAUAUAACAUUGCUAGGUUGUUAUGGCUACUUGUGUCACAUUAUAAAAUGUUUUUUUGUUGUUUUUUAUAACCGUCUACUGAGUAUGAAAUAUCAUAAUAUUUCUUAGGUUGUACUGGCUAUCACAGUAUUUAGUAUAUGCUUUUAAGAUUAUCAUGCGAUAUUAUAUACCCUGCUGAAACAUAAUUAUUUGAUUGGUCGAGAGCACCGCAUUUGCAGAUAUUUUCAGUUUUCAUGUAUUUACAAUAAACCUAAAAAGUUCAUACAUGUCCUUAUUAGAGCUCGCCUGCUUAGCUCAGUAGGGAGAGCUCAUAUUUACGGAUGUCGUGGUCGUGAGUUGAUCCCUGGGUGAGGCGUAUGUUCGCCAUGAUGAUUUGAUAAAAGGCACUGUGUCUGAAAUCAUUCUUCCUAAAAUUCUGAUUCAUGUGGGUAAGUUGGCAGUUACUUGCUGGGAACAAGUUUGUAAUGGUACAGAUUCCAUAAACACUGGUUAGGUUAACUGCCUGUAAUACUGUUUAAAAGCGGCAUUAAACCCAAAACAAACAAAAAUAUUUCAUUAUUAACUUGAAAAUUUCAUUUAAAUCUAGUUGUCGCAUUAAACUAUUCAAUAAUUGGGAUAUUUUAAACUUUACUUUGGCCAAAGAACAAGUUUUUAUCAAUUAUAUGAUAAUAGCAAAUGUUGAUGCUUACAUAUGUAAAAAGAAUCAUUAUCAUUGCAUUGAGAAAUAUGCACUUAUUCUUGCAUGGAAUGAUAUUGCGCUCCUUAAGUCAUGCAGUAUCUACACCACCAUGUGCAUAUCUCUAUCUAAUUCUGUUUCUAUCAAAUUUUAUAAUUUAUAGAAUCUGAUAUUGUUGGAAACUCAAGUCUCUAAUUGUAUAAGGUAAAGCUUGGUUGUUAUCUCUUUGUUAUUAUACUAGUAAACAGUACUGGAGUCUUAACAACUAUCAAAAAUAUUCAGUGUAAGGUUGAGAUGACUACCGCAUUAUUCUAUGCCAGGUACUUUUUAUCACUAUUGCAAGUUAUUCAAUGCCAUGCUGCUAUGACUUUAACAGUAUUCAGUCUUGUGUUGAUGAAAUGGUAUUACUUUAAGCAGAAUCAGAAACAUCAAAACUGGUGACCACUUCUGCCAUGGAAUGCCAUUACCCAAAUCAAAAUCUCUUUAACCUCUAGCCAGGUGGUGGCAAGUGGUUUUGCCUUUGCGACCAGUGAAGACAAAGAUCAGCCUGCACAUCUGUACAGGCUGAUCAUGGUCUGGACUGUUCACUAUUCAGUCAGUAAAUUUUCAGCGAACACCCCUUUGAUUAAUAAAUGGUAUUGCCCAAAUUGAAUGAUGGACCAGUCCAUUAUAGAAAUUUAGCAGGGUAAAGGUUAAGGUUCUGCACCCAUAAUGACAAUCAGCAUUUUCUGAUCAGUUUGGUAUUUUCAGUGUGCGGUUUCAUCAUAAUUGGGUUGUUGUUGAAAAGCUGUUCUCUGUCUAAAUAUGCCUGAUGGAUCCUGGAAUAGCAUACAAAAAUCGGAAAUGACAGAGAAAUUGCCAGUUGUUAUUAUGGAUCCACUACCUUAAAAAUAGAAUUGAGCCGCGCCAUGAGAAAACCAACAUAGUGGUUUUGCAACCAGCAUGGAUCCAGACCAGCCUGCGCAUCCAUGCAGUCUGGUCAGGAUCCAUGCUGUUUGCUUUCAAAGCUUAUUGUUAUUAGGGAAACUGUUAGCAAACAGCAUGGAUCCUGACGGUCUGGAUCCAUGCUGGUCGCAAAGCCACUAUGUUGGUUUUCUCAUUGUGCAGCUCAUUUAGGUUUACAGGGCAUGUUAUUGUUUUGCUUUGUGAAAUAUAUCUGCUUUUUUGGUAAAGAUAAGCUGAUAAUUAGAGAAGAUUUAAAGGUAAAUACUUGAUGUAUUGAUAUUAUUUUUAAUAUAUGAACUGUUUAUUAUAAGUAUUGCCUAUUUACAUUCCAGUAACAGCUUACAUUGUACAUUGAAUGUACAGUAUUAUUUAUUGUGCCCCCUUCGAAGAAGGGAGGGAUAUAUUGUUUUGCAGAUGUCGGUCGGUCUGUUGGUAUGUAGACCAAUCCGUUUCAGGAUGAUAACUCAAGAACGCUUGUGCCUAGGAUCAUGAAAAUUGAAAGGGAGGUUGGUCAUAACCAGCAGAUGACCCCUAUUGAUUUUGAGAUCAGUAGGUCAAAGGUCAAGGUCACUGACCCGGAACAGUGAAACGGUUUCCGGAUGAUAACUCAAGAACGCUUGGGCCUAGGAUCAUGAAAGUUAAUAGGGAGGUUGAUCAUGACCAGCAGAUGACCCCUAUUGAUUUUGAGUUCAGUAGGUCAAAAGUCAAGGUCACAGUGACCAGGAACAGUGAAACGGUUUUUGGAUAAUAACUUGAGACACUUGGGCCUAGGAUAACGAAACUUGAUAGGGAGGUUGAUCAUGAUCAGCAGAUGACCCGUAUUGAUUUUGAGAUCAGUAGGUCAAAGGUCAAGGUACAGUGACCCGGAACAGUUAAACGGUUUCCGGAUGAUAACUCAAGAACGCUUGGGCCUAGGAUCAUAAAAGUUGAUAGGGAGGUUGGUCAUGACCAGCAGAUGAUCCCUAUUGAUUUUGAGGUCACUAGGCCAAAGGUCAAGGUCACAUUGGCCUUGAACAGUCAAACCAUUUCCAGACGCUUGGGCCUAGGAUCACAAAACUUAAUAGGGAGGUUGAUCAUGACCAGCAAAUGACCCCUAUUGAUUUUGAGGUCAAUAGGUCAGUGGUCAAGGUCACAUUGACCCAGAACAUUAGAACUUUUGUGUCCAGUUACCAGAUAAUUUCUGUCCUUGUGCAAUUACUGAAUGCAUCAAGGGGGGCAUUUGGUGUUCUACGAGCUCUUGUUUUAAUGAAAAUACAAUUUGAAAAGCAGAUACGGGAGGGUUUGUGAUUUCAUACCUGUAUAUUAAUGUGAACAUAUAGGAUUUUAUCUCUUACUUUUGAUACGUAACUGUGAUGUUGAAAUUCAGAACUUGCAAUUUUAAGCAAAUUUAGACACACAUGGUCAUAAAAUUUUUGAAAAGAAAAAAACUACACAAUUUUGCUGCCCUUAGUUGUGUACAUUAGUAAACCACUUGACUGAUUUAUUGGACAAUUAAUUUAUUUAUUACUGAAAGGAUUUACUGCACCUACACAUAUACUAUGAAAUCUCAACUUCUGGUUUAUCUAGAGAUUUUUUGUUCAGCAAUUAUGAAUGUUUCAUUGCUAUGAUGUUAGCAGCAAAUGCCUGUUCAUGCAACCAAAUUUCUCUUGACCAAAUGGCUUAGCUUUAGAGCACCAUUAGCUGUGAUUCUAUUAAGUUUGUAUAUGGCACCUUUUUGCCCCAUUCGUCAUUCUGUUAAACACAAAUUAUUGAUCAUUGCUUUACAUGUUUACAUUAAAGGCAUCAACUUUAAUAAUUUUAUGGUAGUCUGCAAAACUGUAAUUUCAGAUAUUUUCACAAGAACAAAACUUGUGUAAUUUAUAAGCAGUUUGAUAACACAAAGUUUAAUUUCCUCAUAAAGUUUACAUUUCUCCUAUGAACGUUAUUUUUAAUAAAAUCGAGUUUUUUUUUUGUGGAAUUACGAAAAAAAAGCAAGAUUGGCAAAAAUUAUUCCUUCAACAAUAUUUCUGAUUUUUACAGUACCAUUAUUGUAUUGCUUGGUUUUUAGUUUGGUCUGGUCACUUAUAUUACUCCAGGAGAUAUUUAUAUAUUGAUUUUGUUUUGUCUGUCUGUCUGUCAGAAAGGUUUAUCCACACUAUGUUUCAUAAAUUACCUGCGGAAUUGUAGAGAUGUUAAGUACCAUGGCUUGUUUUGCAUAUUGUUUGUUUUAUCGGUUUAAAGUGCAUUUUGGUGAAGUUAUUGCCCCUGAAGAUUAUUAUUGCAUACACCGUAUUUAUUUUCAGAUUUGUAGUCAGUUCUAUUUUUAAAUUAGAAUCCUUUUAAAGGUUUUUUCAAUUUGUAGUCAAUUUUGUUUUUAGAGAGAGUUAAUAGAUUGAUAAUAAUAAUAAUAAUUUCAAAAGCAUUUCUUUUAUAUUACAGCUCUCUUUCUGUUAAGACAUCAUUCUGGUAACAUACAAUAUACAAUUGACAUUCAGGUUCUACCAAAAACAUACUCUUUCCUGAAAAUUUUGUACUGUUCAGAUUUUCCCUUUUUUAGCUUCAAACUGUCUUCUUCCUUCUUCCCACUCUUAAUAUGCCAGUCAUCUUCAACAAAGCAGUAUCCUUUACCCUUCCGUAUAAAAGCGGUGUGGGGAGACAUGUGCUUUUACUAAAAGCAACCUCUAGUUUAGUACUAAGUCUGUUGUUCAUA